GUUUCGCCUGCAUUCCCUGACCCGACGUCAGCGGCCCGAUUUUCGUCACUAAUUCUUCAUCCAAGCUUUCCCUUUGUUUUUUUUUCUCGUGUUUUCGGGCAUUUUGACAAUGUCUGUUUAAGUGCAAUCUGGGCCUUGCUGUCGACAACGUCCCUGCGACUUGGCAGCGCAGUCCCCCCGUUGAUUGCAACGACGACACCGCUGUCCAGCAUGAAGGUCUUCCCACACCGAGCUCACUCAGAUUCCCACCAUGGAGCCUCAACAACCGUCACAGCCGCCGUUCCGUCGGCCUUCGCACCCUCGCCUUCACAGCAUUCUGCCGCCUACUCCAUCUCAUCUCGGGCAGCAUCGGACUGCCAGUAGCACCCCCGUGUCGCCGCCGGGGCUCUUUAGCCCGUCGAUGCCCCGCCCGAACAUGGUCUUCCAGUCGCAACCCGGCUCUGAAACGGCGACGCCAGGAGGCUUGAACAGCCCCUAUCUGCAUCCGCUGCAGGGGCAUAAGGUUCGAGAGACGCACAAGGCAAACGUCGAACAUGACUACACAACCGGCAGGAAGCACAUCAACAACUACGAGAUCAUCGAAGAACUGGGCCGCGGCGUGCAUGGAAAGGUGAAGCUUGCCAGGAACGUGGAGAAUGGCGAGUUCGUCGCCAUCAAGAUCAUCCCGCGCUUCUCCAAGAAACGUCGACUCGGCAAGGUCACAGCCAUGUCUACCCAGGACAAGAGCAAGAAGGAGAUUGCCAUCCUCAAGAAGAUACGGCACCCCAAUGUCGUCGCCCUGCUCGAGGUCAUUGACGAUCCGGAGCUGAAGAAGAUCUACAUGGUGCUGGAACAUGUCGAGCUCGGCGAGGUGGUGUGGAGGAAGAAAGGCCUCCCCCACAUCUGCGAGUACGAACGUCGCCGUAUCGAACGCGAGAAGCGGGGCGCGAAGUCGACGCCGGAAGAGGAUCGGUUCGAACGUGCUCUCUUGCGGCGCCAGGCCGCCAAGGCGGCUGCUCAACGGGCGAGUCUGCGUGCCCGCGCCCAGAAGCCUUCGGCUGACUACUGGAGCCUCGAGUACGGCCCGGCAGACGACGAGGAGCUUGACGCGCAUGUUGGCUCAUUGGGCAGGGAUGAUUCCGACCUGUCGGCCAUCCGCCCAGCCCUGUCGAACUCGAGCUCUCUCGCCGGGUCAAGAGCCACCUCCCGGGCGCCGUCCCGGUCACAGUCGGUCAAAUCGUUAUCAAGAUUUGCCGAGCCGGACGUCGCACCUGCCGCCCACGAUGGUGAUCUGGAGACACCCGGUGCCUUGCCCAUCAAGGGCAAGCCCGGUUCUUCUACGGCGCUCGACGGAACCAUGUACGGCCCGUACGCUGAUGAUCCCUCCCUACAAGGAAGGUCUCCCAGCAUGGCCGACUCGCUCAUAUCCCACAUAUCCUCCUUCGACUUCAACAGAGUGCACGACCCAUUCGUCGACGAUUUCUCCUACGUCCCCUGCUUUACCAUCGAGCAGGCAAGGAACACCUUCCGCGACACUGUCUUGGGCCUCGAGUACCUGCAUUAUGAAGGCGUCGUGCAUCGAGAUAUCAAGCCAGCGAACCUGCUCUGGACAAAGGACAAGAGAACCAAGAUUGCCGACUUUGGCGUCUCCUACUUUGGUCGGCCCGUCCGCGACGGAGAGCCGGACGACACCAUCUCCGAGUCGGAAGCCCGGGACUUUGACGAUGACUUUGAGCUUGCCAAAACGGUCGGCACACCCGCCUUCUUUGCUCCCGAACUCUGUGCCACCGACCUCUACGAUGCUCCUCCUGGCAAGCAGCCCAAGGUGACCGAGCAGAUAGACGUCUGGUCACUGGGCGUCACGCUCUAUUGCCUGAUCUAUGCGAGGCUUCCCUUCUUGGCCGAAGACGAGUGGCAGAUGUUCAAGAAGAUUGCGAAUGAAGAGGUGUACAUCCCAGACCGGCGGCUUCGCCCCGUCGAUCCCGCCACGAAGCCCAGCGAAAAGUCACUGUAUACGCGACUGAACAAACCACCAUACCGGAACGACGACGAGCUUGCCUAUGAGGAUAUCGAGCCGGAACUUCAGGAUCUCUUGAAGAAGAUGCUCACCAAGGACCCGGAAAAGAGAAUCCGCCUCCGCGACGUCAAGAGACACCCAUGGGUCAUGCACGGCGUGGACGUGAUGUCGUGGAUUGACGACACGGACCCAUCGAGGAGAGCGUCGGGCAAGAGGAUCCAGGUCGAUGAGAAGGAUAUGGCUCGCGCUGUUGUCCCCCUGAGCCUGAUGGAGCGUGCCAGGUCCGUGGUUAAGAAGGCGGUCGGCAAGGUCAUACACCCUCGCGGGGACCGAACAGAUAGCGUCUCCUCGAGGAGGCGCGCCACCAGCAGCGCGGCCAGCUCCGCAGGAGACAUCACUGGUUUGAUUACCCCCCAUCUACGAGACAGCCGGCGGAAAAGCUUACGCCCGGACGACUAUUUUUCUAGCCCGUCUCAACAGCCGGGCGGACAUCCCUUGACGCACAGUGUGUUGGCCAGCCCCGAGACUGGGUCCCCCCCGGUCCCGUCACCGCCGAACCAAGCGUCACCGGCCGGAGGGCACGCAUCCCGCCGUCCCCUUGAGCUGCUCUCAAACCUUGCCGGAAGAGACGACGCGUCGCGCCGCCGGCAAUCGGGCUCCCCGCACCGGGGACUGCUGCCUCGCCACGGGCAAUCUCGGUCCAUCACGAAUGCUUUUUUAGCUCUCACGCCCAACCCAAUCGAAACUCUGCUGGCCCAAUCCGCAACGCCGUUCCUAGACAGCCCCUCAGACGACCCGAUUAGGGCGCUCAGAAAAGCUCGCGAUACGAAACCGCACGCAGACGAGCCUGGCCGAGCCCGAUCCGUCGAUCGAGGGCUGUUCGCUAGCGACGAUACGCGUGCGGAAGCCAGAGUUUCGCUGAGCACUGCCGUCGCCCCGGGAAACGUCCACUUCGCGGUGCAGCCUCGCCCCCCACGAUCAACCGAUCCAGGGGGGCAAGAUGCCUCGACGGCGGCGCCGCCAGCGCCUGGAUCGCUGUCCGAGAACUCUCCCGGGCAGUCCAAGCCUGACCCCGACCUCUUGCAAUCUGAGAAGAGGCCGGUGGCGGCCCAGGUCCCCGAGGCCGUGCAGAAGCCGUCGACCCCUGAGCCGACCGAGCCUGCGCUGGUGCCGUGCCCACCAUCACCGGAUGACGAGACGCUACCGCCGCUGCCCCCGUCGAGGGGUGACACCGCGACAGGACCAUCGUCAAGUUCGACCUCGGUGGGCGCGCUCACCACGCCGAUGACGAGCCCGAGCGAGUCGGCGAGCCCGAUCUAUGAGCUCAACAACCAAAUGACGAAGGAGGUGGCCGAUCGGAUGCUCGCGUUUCAGUCGGACCCGUCGCUGCCGGCUCUGCUCAGCAGCACGAGCUCGGUGUCGGCGGAUCCGGAGGGAGAGUUUCUGGGCCACCCGGGGUUCGUGGGCCGGUCUGCCGCGGUUGUCGACACCACCGACUCGCUCACUCCGCCGGCAUUUGCGAAGGAGCCCAUGUCCGGAUUCCCGCUCGAAGCGCAGGAUCUUGAGGGUGCAGUCCCCGUGAAACUGGACAACUCCAGUGUUUGUGCGGGAGCUCCCGCGGGUGGCAUGUUCUCCACUGGCAGAAGAGGGUCGCGGUGUCGUCAGCAUGACGACGACGAAGGCGAUAACGACAGCGACAGCGACGAAGGCUUGACCAUGGCCAGGCGGAAGAAGAAGCCCGCCGAGUCUUCGAUCUCGACCGCUGCUGGCGCUUCCUCUCUAAGGGACGUGCAGGUGCAGACGCACGGGGUGGAAAGGCUGGUGAGGAAUGCGAGGAGAAGGGACACGACCGCGAGCGUGGACAGCACGGAGACGGCCAAGAAGAUGUCUGUGGAUAACGACUAGUUAAGCGCUACGACUUGGGCGCUACGGCCGCCGCGUGUCGUCAGCACCCCCCUGAUGCCUGAACGAACAGCCUAUUUUCCUGCGAUCGCUCGACACAACUUACGACGUUAUGCUCCGCCGUUUGAAAUUUCUUGAUUCGCAUGGAGCACUCAGACGCAAUGUUUUGUAGAUAGAUUGCUCGCAUUUUCCCGGGAGUUUCUGGGUUACUGGCAGAUUGCUUGGGCAGGAACGUAGCGGACAGUUUCGGGGGUCAUGAUACCAUUUUUGGCUUGCGUCAGUGCGACGCGACGUUGCAUACACAUUACAA